AUGGCCAAUAGCGGAUGGGGUCCUGGGCCCGUUGUGGCGGGGGCGGCAGCGGGGGCGGCGGCUGUGGGCCUGGCUUGGUAUGUUUGGGGCUGCUCGCCAAAGGGUGAGGCACAGGUUGCGCAGAAUCAGGCGCCUCAAAGUGCAGGCGCGCGCGUGGCUGCUGAAGAGGCGCUGCGCUUUCGACGUGCUCAAGUCACCGGCGAUGACCCCGAGCUGCUUGAGGAGCAGCUUUCCCGCAACAAGCUGUAUUUUGGCGAAGCUGGGCAGACGGCCUUGAGUGAGGCCUUUAUUGUUGUGGUGGGCCUGGGUGGGGUCGGCUCCCAUGCGGCACACAUGCUGGCGCGCGCCGGCGUUGGCCGUUUGCGCCUGGUGGACUUUGACAACCUGACGCUCUCGUCCCUGAAUCGGCACGCCGUGGGCACCCGCGACGACGUGGGACGCCCAAAAGUGCAAGUUUGUGCGGAUCAUUUUCACGACGUCAUGCCCGGCUGUCAGAUCGAGGCGCUAGACCUGAUGUUCACCUCUGACGUGGCCGAACGUGCGCUGGGCGGCCGCCCCACCUAUGUCAUUGAUGCCAUUGACGACAUCAACACCAAAACUGACCUGAUUCUCGCCUGCUUUGAGCGCGGCUUGCCCGUCAUCAGUGCUCUGGGAGCUGGCGCCAAAGCAGAUCCCAGCCGUGUCGUCUUUGGUGACAUCACUGACCCUGUGAACGACCCCAUGGCUGCCAAACUGCGCUAUUUCCUCCGUCAGCGCCUCCACGCCGUGGACCGUUCCGAUGCCGAGAACGCCAAGCGACUAGAGCAGUGCAUUGACGCCUUUAAGGUGGUGUAUUCAUACGAAGCACCUCAGGCCAAGUUGGCGGCCUUGACGGCGGAGCAGCGUAGUAAUCCCGAGGCGUUUGGUGCCGUGGCCAACAUGCGCCUGCGUGUGUUGCCAGUGUUGGGUACCAUGCCCGCCAUUAUUGGUAUGAGCGCGGCGGCCUUUGUCAUGACCCAAGUGGCUCAAAAGCCCUUUGACCCUCGCAAGCUGGAGCCAAUCUCCCAGAAGUUUGCCCACAAGCUGCACACACACCUUUGCCGUCGUGAAGAAAAGGAGUUUGGCAACCAGGCCGACGUGGGUUCGCCGAUUGCUGACCAGCUGGAGGUCAUGUAUGUGCUCAACGACGUGUGGCGCCAGCGCAGCUGUUAUCAAAUGUAUGAGCGCACACGGGCCAGUACCCGCAACUUGGUGUUGACUCGUUUUGACCGUAGCAAGCCGGCCCUGGCCUACAACCUCUUGCUGCUCACGGACACCGAGGCCAAGUGGCACGAUGCGGCAACUGCCGCGACGGGUAGCGUGCCGGCGCUCCUCCUCGAUGGCAGCGUGCACGAGUCAAGCAAGCACCAACCGAGCCUGCGAGCCUUGCGUCAGAUUCAGGCCGUUCUGGCUGAUCUCGAGAGCCAGUUGGCCGUCUAG